AUGGCCUUUCCUCAGAAGGAUUGUGACCGUUCCAUUGAUUCGGUUGUGCACACUACUAUCCCGUAUCCCAAUAGACACCAUGUUCCCUCCUCGGACUCGGUCUACGGCCGAAUGCAAAGACCUCCUCACGACUCGGAUAGGUCUCGUACCCAGGAAUUCUCUCCUUACGAAACAAUGCUAAAGUACGCACGCUCAAACAUAGAUCCGGAUAACAGGGAAGUGGUGUGCGGUCCUCUGCUGAACUAUCGACAUAUGGAGGAGGAUCGCUGGAACGGGAGCAUCCUGAUCGUGACGAAGCAGCAAGGAGAAAUCCCGCGGUCAUCGCCAACUCUGCUUCUCCGCCGAUCCAUUGACGAGGAUUAUGCAUCUCGGGCGGAGGCUUAUACGCAUGUUAAAGGAUCUCUGCUAUACUCUGACAGCAGGUGCAGCUUCUGGAGAUUCGAUAUAAGUGUGACGAUGGAGUCAACGGAAAGCAGGUGGGAAUACACUAUCGCAGAAGUGGACUUUCAGCAUAGAGUCAGAGGACUCACCAAUUCCUUCGUCGUACCGUCUUGCAACGAGUCCAUGCGCAUCAUGUUCUAUUCUUGUAACGGGUGGUGCGACGGAGCAGAGGAAGGAGAAUGGAAUCAUCUUUCUCUUUGGAAGGAUGUGCUGAGACGUCAUGAUAAAGCACCUUUUCAUGUUAUGAUUGGCGGAGGCGAUCAGAUUUAUAAUGAUGAAAUCUAUCAGUCAGGUCCAUUGCUGGAAUGGACCAAGAUUGAAGAUUCCCGCGAGAGACUACGAUAUCAAUGCUCAAGGGAGCUCCAGCAAGCCUGCGAUGACUGGUACCUUGAUAAUUACAUUCGCUGGUACAAUACGGAGCCUUUCGCCUCCGCCCUGUGCCAAAUCCCGUCACUCAAUAUAUGGGAUGAUCACGACGUGCGUACAAUCUGUUGCAACAUGGACCAGAAAAAAGACUUAAUAUUAUGCAGAUCAUCGACGGAUUUGGAUCAUAUGCCAGAGAAACGAUGGAGUGUUCUGUACGUGUUACACCCAGACGUCCGAAUCGUCACGGCACGCCCUAUGUCACGGACCCUGCUCACACCUAGAGACCAGGUAUUUCAAACCAUUGGUGCUCUUGCUCAUAAAUACUAUAUGCUGUUCCAGCAUCAUCUUCCUCCUACCAAGUGGGACUCGCACAUUCACGAUCACGAACCGCAUAUUGCAGACCCCAGACCCGAACCACAAUAUGUUCUGGGAAUGAAACCUGGGCCCUACAUUGCGGCUCAUUCGCAUAGCAUCUUCACACGGCUGGGUGCAAGAAUGGCGUUCUUAGGAGUAGAUGCUCGGACCGAGAGGACCCGUGAGCGAACAAACUACCCCGAGACUUAUGACCGUCUCUUUUCGCGCGUGGACGAAGGACUGCACGCGGCAGCGCGAUCCGAUCGGCCGAUUAGGCAUCUGAUCUUGCUGUUUGGCAUUCCUCUCGCUUAUCCGCCCCUCACCUGGCUUGAAACCGCCUUCGAAGGCUCUGCCGGCCGUUCGUUCCAACGCCUGAGUCAAAAGCUAGCCAUUGGUAAGGCCACAAGAAUGACGAAAAAGCACAAAAAGGCUGAGAUAGUAUACCGCGCAGGUGAAAAUGCGAUUAACCGGUUUGACGGUGCCAUCGAGCUUCUAGACGACCUCAACGACCACUAUACGUCCACCUCCCAUCAAGACGAGCGUCGAUAUCUGAUAGAGCGGAUCCAGUCCAUCUGCGCGGCGCAUUCCGUCCGCGCCACAAUCCUAAGCGGUGACGUCCAUCUCGCCGCCGUGGGUCGAUUCUUCACCAAGCAUAAAGGCCAUAUUCCCGAAAUCGAGGCGGACUUUCGAUUCAUGACAAACAUCAUCUCAUCGGCGAUUGUCAAUCAACCGCCCCCCGAGGCGGUGGCCAAGCUGAUUUCGCACGCCGACAAAAUCAGAGAGCUGAACGCGGAAACAGAAGAGACUCUUUUCAGGAUCUUUAGAGAAGACUCCCGGGAUUCCAAGCAGGAGCCAAAAGGAACCGCCGUGGCCAUGCCCCGCCGCAAUUUCACCAUCAUCACGGAAAACUCGCCCAAUAACCGGGGCCGCGACACCCAUGGCUUCAAACUAUCCCUGCGACAGUUCCUGGCAAAGCAUGGACACCGGCCUCUGCAUUUGGCAGAAGCCAAUGCGGGCAUACGACACAUUGCUGCUUCGGAGCAACAUGGCAAAGGCAACGAUGGGAGUUUGGAUGUGUGUAUAUGUGUGGAAAUCGAUCACAGAGACACCUGGGGCAAGACGGAAGGCUACGGCUUUACCAUUCCGGUGCUUGAUUAUCAUGGACCUGCAGCUCAAUGA